AGUAGUAUUUCUUUGUCUUUUCUUAAUUCUUCUCUCCACAAGGAAGAGAAGUUCAACCCUUUUUGGUUGAUACAGCUGAAAAAUUCACAAAAAAAAACUUUUUUUUUUGCUUGAUUGAAUCAAGAACUGAGUUGGGGUUUGUAUAAAAUUUGUAUCUUUAUGGAGAGGAUAAUUGGAGAGAAGUACAAGUUAGGUAGAAAGAUUGGAAGCGGGUCUUUUGGGGUUAUAUAUCUUGCUACCCACAUCGAAACUUUUGAGAUUGUUGCUGUUAAAAUUGAAAAUAGGCAGACAAGACACCCUCAGUUGCUUUAUGAGGCAAAGCUGUACACUAUACUUCAGGGAGGAAGUGGUAUUCCUAAUAUAAAAUGGCGUGGGGUUGAUGGGAAUGACAGUGUCCUCAUUAUUGACUUGCUUGGUCCCAGUCUUGAAGACCUCGUUGUACACUGUGGGAGGAAAUUCUCGCUGAAAACUGUCCUAAUGUUGGCUGAUCAGAUGAUUACAAGAAUAGAGUAUUUGCAUUCAAAAGGAUUUCUACAUAGAGACAUAAAACCAGAUAACUUUCUCAUGGGUCUUGGCAGGAAGGCAAACCAGGUCUACGUUAUUGAUUUUGGACUUGCAAAAAGAUAUCGUGACCCCACCACAAGCCGUCAUAUUCCUUACAGAGAGAACAAGAACUUGACAGGGACAGCAAGGUAUGCCAGUUGCAAUACACAUUUGGGAAUAGAGCAAAGCCGGAGGGAUGAUCUGGAAUCUCUUGGCUAUGUUCUUUUAUAUUUCUUGAGAGGCAGCCUUCCAUGGCAGGGUCUAAAAGCUGAUACAAAGAAGCAAAAAUAUGACAAGAUCCGUGAGAAAAAAGUAUCAACAACAAUUGAGGUUUUAUGCAAAUCUCUUCCAGUGGAGUUUGCUUCAUACUUGCAUUAUUGUCACUCUUUAACAUUUGACCAGCGCCCUGAUUACGGAUUCCUGAAACGCUUGUUUCGUGACUUAUUUACACGUGAAGGGUAUAAAAUGGAUUAUGUGUUUGAUUGGACCAUCUUGAAAUAUCAGCAGACGCAGAGGUCAAAGUCCCAGCUAGAACUACCUAGUCUGCAUCCACUUUCUGUAACGACAGGUACUGGAGCAUUGCCAAAAGCUUUAAAUAAGCAAGGAGGUAAUAUUGCCACACACUUAGCUGAAGCUUCAAAACAGAAGGUAUCAAGUAAUUUUGUACGUGGUGAUGUAUCAGCUACCAAUCUGAAAUCUGAUUAUCGUACUGGAAAAAAUGUAACAUUCAAUACUUCUGGUCCUUCUACGUCGUUGGCUGAUGCCUUCAAGAGAAGCUUCCCGAAACGCGAAGAUUCAAUUGAAGUUGGAAAUGUAGGUCAUGCACAUAGUGGAAAAACUGGUGCUUCAAGCAGUAAGCUGCAUUUCUUAAGCAGGAUUUCUUCCAAGUGAACUGGGAUUUUAUGUGGGAGAAAUGCAGAAGUCAAGGUCUACUUCGUGAUGUUGAAUUCACUUGAACCCCGUGUACCAGUAAUGUAUCCAUCUCGAAAUGACUAUGAAGUACAAAGCAUUGGAUGUUACUAAAAGAUGACCUAUCAAAACUUGGUUGUCCUUUUAAGUUUUCUUCGUUUUGAAUUAUAGGACAGUGACUAAGUCAGCUACAGUUCACAAUUAAGCUAUGUGUACAGUGUUCUUUUCAUACCUUUUUCUAAUAGAGCAUAAAAGUGACCUUCAAAUGUUUGAUUGUCUUAUU